CACUAACUAACCUAUCUUCUCUUCAGCUCAAUCUGCUAUCAACGGUUUUCUAAUGGGAUUGUUUGGUGCGCGAUGGAAAUUAUCAAAAGGUGAAAACAAACGAAUUCAAGUGCUGCAGAUUUAGUAUUUUGAAACAAAGCCCAACAAAGUGCAAUCACCAACAAAAUGGAAGACAUAUCGCAGCAGCAGAUCGCGCGUCUUGUUCUAGGAUACUUAAAGAAAGAAAACCAGAAACUAGCCUACAAUAUCUUCUAUAAACAAUGCCCACAUUUUGAGAAAUACAGACAGAAGAGACAGAAAAUCUCCACGAGAUACUAUGGAAUGGGAUUGGAAGACAUCCUGCAACAAUACAGUGAAAUCUACACCAUUGUUCAACCGCGCCUGGAGGACACUGAAUAUUUUGAAAACAAAUCAUUUCAUUAUCAAGAACUACCUCAACAACUCCUCUAUCUACUCAAUCAUGUCUCACAUGGUAAAAACGUCACUGCAACACCACUCAAAACAUUACCUGGCAAUGCAAUACAAGUAGAUGAAACAGAAACAGAACAAAGUAGUUCUGGAGAUAAUGAAAACCCACCCAUUCAGGAGGUUGUUGAGGUUUUCAAGGAGACUUUACUUGCUAGGGAGGAAUUACAAGAGAAAAUCGCGCAUACAAUCAAUGAAGUACGAUGCCCAGAAGUGAAGGAAUCUGUUAUUUCAAGGGAAGUUGAGUCUGCGAUUGCAGAAGUAUCAGAAACACAGAGGGAACCAGCAUUUGAAAGUCUUCUACAGGAAAUUCUGGGUGCGAGUUUCACGGAGAAGGAAAAACCACCAGAAGCACCAACAUCCACAACAAAUAUAACCAAUAAAGAUAUUAUCAUCAUCGAUGGGAAUGGAUGUGUUAAUAACACUGCCUGUUCAUCGGUUGUGUAUAAUUUAACUGAACAGGAUAUAUUAUCGAUGCCUGUUUAUGUUUGUAAUGAAAAACACGAUGAAAGAGUUAUGGUGGAGCAAGGUGUGCAAGUACCUGAAGAACGCAUCAAAAUGCUUCCUGUUCAAAACAGAACCGAAACUAUUGCGGAUUUUAUCACUUUAUACAAAUGUGAUGAUCAACAAGAAGAAACUUUUACAUUAAUCCAAGCAGAAAAUCAACAAUUGUUACAAAUUGAACAGGCUACAGAGGUUGUGAAUAUUGAAACAGUGAUUGAUACGAAAACACCGGAUCAGACACAGAUUACCAAGUUGCCAGCGCCUGCACAGACGCCGAAAAGUGGUGGUAGGUCACAUAUACGUGCGCUUGACUUUAAAUUUCAAACGCCUGCGAAAGAAGUGCUGAAAAUCAAGCAAGCUUCAAGUUCACCGACGAAAACUUAUACUAAUUCAAGUAAACAGAAACCAUCAAAGUCCCUGUUUACGAAUGAUGAAAAUUCAGCGGGUAAAGGUAAAAAAUCACAAAGUAAAGCAAAAGAUAAACCAAAAGAACCAUGGGAUAUGAAAUUCCGAGCUGGUUUGAACAUGGACAAGUCCCCGGAUGAAAAUAUUGAUGUCACGAAUAAAACUAAACCGGAAAAAGCAACAAAAGCAAAGUCCACAGUGAAGAAAAAGACUCCACAGCGAAAAACUCCGAAAUCCAAGAUAAAAACACUCAAUGCAAGUCCGAAAAAUACUAACAAAGCAGAAAAAACCAAUGAAACCACUCCAGUAUCACUAAAAAACCAGAAAACUAAACAAAUCAUCGACGUAACAAAAGUAGAGAAUGUCAAUUUGAUAAAUAUAAAUAAACCGCCGAGAUUCAACCGGAAAUGCAAUACGGAUACAAAAAAAGAAGUCAAGUUAUCAAUACCAAAAGAAACCGAAACAAAACAGGAUAUUAUCAUUGAUUCAGAUAAACUGGUUUUAUCUCCAUCGAAAUUAAACGGAAGCAAACGCUCUCUCGACUUGGAAGUUGUACUGAAACAGGAAGUAUUGAAUACCACAACACCUGAGGUGAAUAAACUGGAACCUAUGGUCGUACCAUGCAUACUACCAUCAUCAUCAACGGUCAGGAACAUCACACCGUUGUUAGAAACACCCGCGAAAGACUAUCCGAAAACACCCUGUGUUUACAACCCGGCGGAAACAGUCGAGACGCCAUUAACACGAGUUUUCAACGAACAAAUCGCAGGAAUGGAUAUCGCCAGCAUCCAAACACCGAAAUUAAUACUAACGCCAAGUUUUGCAAUCACUCCGUUUAUUGAUGGAAAUGGGUCGCCAUCUUAUAAUCGCCCAACGGAUUAUUCCACAUCUUCGUCGUAUUAUCAACCGUCAGACACCGAAGCGAAUAAAUCUUUGGAAAAAUUGAUUCAGGAGUGCAACAGGUUGGAAACUGUGAAUGUUAUCGGCAGGAAAAAUUUAAAUCUUAUGAAGGAUAAGGAUAAAAGUACUUCUGAUGAGUCUAGUAAUACCAGUACAAGCAGUAGUAGUUCUUCGUCUUCUUCUGAUGACUCGGAAUCGGAUCUUGAUGAGCCAACAAAUGCGACUGUUGUGGAAAAACAGCCUUCCAGGUAUCCGUUGAGGUCCAGGUCGUUGAAUACCAGUGAUGAGGUGAAAAAUAAAGAUAUAAAUGAUAUCGUGAGUUCCGUUGAGUUUAUCCCGGUGUUAAAUGAUAAACCAUCCAAGUUGGAUGAUAAUAAAACUAAGAUUUUAAGCGAUUUGGACCGGAAACGUAUGAGGGUUCUGGAAGGUAUUAAAAAUGAUGGUGGGGAGAAAGGGAGGAAGGUUGCAGCUAAGAAAAAGAAACCGGCGACCACAGCGAGGGUUUUAAGGUCCAAUACAGUGAAAUUGAAAGAAGAAGACUUGUUGAUGACGUCUUCUGAUGAGGAACUUGUGAUUAGACCAUUUGAGAUCGUCGAGACUGAGUUGUUAUGUCCUAAUUCAAAUACAGAACCGGAGAAAACAGAAUCUGUUAAAAAUAAUGCAGAACCGGAAAAAUUGGAAUCUGUUAAAGAUAAUGCAGUUAAUAGUCCGGUACAUGAUGAGAUUUUAGUGGUUGAGGAUCCCAAGACUGCGAAAAAGAAGAAGUUGGUGCCUGUGUUGGAGAAAUUGACCAAACUAGCGAUGAAACGUAAAGUUGAACCGGUAAAAACCACCAAAACACCGAAGAAAAAGGUUGAGAAGCCACCAAGUGAGCCAAAACCAGAGAUAAAUAUCAAACCCGAUGAAAAUGUGAAGGUUUUAAAAGGUUCUACCGGUGAAGAUGCGAAGAAUUUGAUUGCUGGGUUGAAAGAACGAGGAAUCAACCUAAAAGAACGUGAAACUAUCGAAAAACAAGAAGAAGAAGAAGCAACUAAAGUUGCAAGUAAAGUUGAGUAUGAAACAAGUGUUUUUAUCCCGAAGAAAGAAAAUAUUGGGAGAUGUGUGACUACGAUUAACACACCCGAAGAAGAUUUGAUUUUUUUUGAUAUACGCGUGUUUUCCGACCCGAUUUUCUUCGAUGGAUCAAAUGUACAAAGUAAUGCUGCUGGAAUUCGUGAUGCAAAGGAUGAUAACCUCCGGUUGACCAAGGCGUAUUGCAUGACGACCUACGAUGAUGCAACUGAUGCUGAAAUAGAAAAGUGAUGCAUGUGUCGCCGUUCGAGUGUCUGUUUGAUUACCAUCAGACUCCGUCGAGGAAACCCAAGGUGAAUAAGAGUAAGGUAAAAGUGCUGAAUCAUGUUGUGAUUGAAGCAAAGCAGAAAUCAUCACUGGCAUCAUCAUCAUCGUCAUCUUCGGUGUUGGUGAAGAAAGAACAGGAGAGUUCAAACAUCGGCGGCCAUUUUGCUAACGGAGACAAGAAACGAAAAGCUGAUGAUAAAGAAGUCGUGGAUGUCUCGGAUGCGAGUAAGAAGAUGAAAAUUGAUCACGAAUUAUUGCAGAAUGUGGAUGUGAACGAUUUCCUGCAGCACAUGAUGUAUGAUGCGUGAGAUGAACGCGCGAGUAUGUACUAAGUGUUAAAUUGUACAAAGUAACGUGAAUAUUAUAUGAUUUAAAGCGUACGUGUUUAUGAAAAGAUAGAUAUUUAUUCUUCUUUUAAUAUAAGAAUUUUUUAUACUUGG